CUCCGCUUGCCAUUUUUUGUCGAUCCGUCACGUCGGCGAGCGACGCACCACCUCUCCGUGGGACACAUCUUCACCGAGGGCUUCCCGCGACCGGCACGAGACUCCACGAUGCCGCACACCGCCAGCAUCUUUCCGAUCCAGGAAGACAGCAGCCUGUCGCCCGUGGAUGGACACACGAUGCUCCCACUACCAGUUCCGUUCAGAGGCCUCCAUCAUAAUCAUCACCACGUGACGCACCACAUCCACCAUCCACGGGACCAUAUGAACGGCGAGAUGACACAGCUGCCCCAGCAACCGCAGGGUACGGACAGCUCCUUGACGAUACAGCUGGCGGCGAAGCGGCGACGGCACCACCAGAGAAUCAAGAGGGACUCGGACGCCGAGUCGUCGGACGGUUCCGGCUCCCGGUCGCGGAAGAAGCCCUGCCAGAACUUUGAGGACCUCCAGCACCAGAGGAUGCAGGCCAACGUGAGGGAGCGUCAGCGGACGCAGUCGCUGAACGAGGCGUUCACGUCCCUGCGGAAGAUCAUCCCUACGAUGCCGUCGGACAAGUUGAGCAAGAUCCAGACGCUCAAGCUGGCCUCCAUGUACAUUGCCUUCCUGUUCGAGGUGCUCAAGAGCGACGAGCACGAGAGCAAGCUGAGCAGCUCGUGCAAUUUCAUCGCCAACGAACACUUGAGCUACGCUUUCUCCGUCUGGAGGAUGGAGGGAGAGUGGUCCGGACUCUGAUGACACGCGCCGCGACAGUCUCUGAUGUUUGUGACUGGCCCACUGUCGACCUACAACCGGCACAAAUCCUACAUCCAUGGAGACGAGCAGUCUGGAUGUCUCCAUUACGAAAUUCCUCCACUGGGACAGCGAAGUUCCCGCGACUUGCAGCUCCAGUCCGUCACAGCGUAGUCAACACCUUGUCAGUGAACGCGAAGAACCGUGUUUAUUUCAAAAUAAGUGCCUCUGUUUUCACGCGAAAAUGUAUUUUACCAACAAAGGGCUCGUGCGUAUGUUUUACAAAUUCUGCCUUGAAUAGCCAUGACUGUGUGUGUGUUUAUGACAUCGUUGCGCGCUUAGGCAACUGCCCGCUUAGGGUGUGCCGGCUUAUACAGGGCGAACUCGAGAAAUGACCGUCGGGAUCUUUAGACGUCUCAGAACAAUGCUGGUUCAUUAUUGCCCUCGGUGCUUUUGACGACGUUUGCGCGCCAUUAUAGUUAAAUGCCGUUGGCCUGCAACUGAUUUUUUUUUGUCGGAACAAGUGCAAUUAUAAGUAGCGGCGUUCCAAAAUGGGUUCUGUUAGUAAUAUUUUAAUGAAACCGCCGCCAUAAAAGCACCCAGCAAAGAAGGGUUGUUUCUCUAAAUCGCUGCUUGGGGAAAUCAUCCAGACGACCGCUCUCGGAUUCAUUAAUUUCAUAGAACAAGAUUAUUGUAUAUGUAUAUUGAAUUUUGUGUGCCUCACAAAACACAAUUGGCCGAGGCCAUAUGAGAGAUCCUGUCGCUCUUUCAUUUUGUCUAGGGUAGACAAUUACUUUCAAAAAGGUUAUAGA